AUGGGUUGGAAAGAGAACAUCAACCAACGGGUUGCCGCCAGCUCGGUUGGCUACUGGUUUCAGUUGGAAGGAUCUGGACAUCCCAAGGAAAGAAAGGGGUCCCAGUUCCUCACCGAGUUCCGUGCCGGCCUUGCGACUUUCUUCGCCAUGGCCUACAUCAUCGCCGUCAACGCCAACAUCGUUGCCGACAGCGGCGGUACUUGCGUCUGCUCCAACGGACCCAACAGUGCAGAUCCCUACUGCAAGAUCACCAACACCUCCUCACCUCUGUUCAACCUUGAUUACCAGCUCUGCAAGAGCGAGAUCAAGAAGGACUUGAUCACUGCCACUGCUGCUACUUCUGCCAUGGGAACCUUUUUCAUGGGUCUGCUCGCCAACCUGCCAGUCGGUAUUGCUCCUGGUAUGGGUUUGAACGCCUACUUUGCCUACACCGUCGUCGGUUUCAACGGCGAAAACAGUGUUCCCUUCCAAACCGCUCUCACGGCUAUCUUCAUUGAAGGAUUCAUCUUCUUCGCUCUCGCUCUCCUCGGCAUGCGCCAAUGGCUCGCUCGCGCCAUCCCUCGCUGCAUCAAGCUCGCCACCUCUGUCGGUAUCGGUCUGUUCUUGACAAUCAUCGGUUUGACUUACGCUCAAGGUAUCGGUCUCGUCCUGCCCGGACAGGCCGUGCCCAUUCAGCUUGCCGGCUGUCUCGAGUCUGACAUUGCGGACGGCAAAUGCCCCGACGGCGUCAAGAUGCGCAGCCCCAUGAUGUGGAUCGGCAUCUUCUGCGGCGGUGUCUUCACAGCUAUGCUCAUGCUCUACCGCGUCAAGGGCGCCAUCAUCGCCGGUAUCAUUCUCGUGUCCAUCAUCUCUUGGCCCCGUGGCACCCCCGUCACCUACUUCCCCUAUACCGAACUCGGCACCAACAACUUCAACUUCUUCAAGAAGGUUGUUGACUUUCACCCUAUCCAGAACGUGCUGAACGUGGUUGACUUCAACAUCUCGGGUGCGGACGGCGGUGCUUUUGGCCUCGCCCUCAUCACGUUCUUGUACGUCGACAUCCUGGACACCACGGGUACGUUGUAUUCGAUGGCUCGUUACGCCAGCCUCGUCGACCCCGUCACCCAGGACUUUGAGGGCUCCACCAUCGCUUACAUGGUCGACUCGAUCACCAUUGUCAUCGGCGCCAUCUUGGGCACCCCUCCCGUCACCGCCUUUGUCGAGUCCGGCGCCGGUAUCGGAGAAGGCGGCAAGACCGGUCUCACGGCCAUGUGGACAGGUCUCUGCUUUUUCAUCUCCAUCUUUUUCGCCCCCAUCUUUGCGUCCAUCCCGCCCUGGGCCACCGGCUGCGUGCUCGUCCUUGUCGGGUCCAUGAUGGUGCAAGCCGUUGUGGACAUCAACUGGAAGUACAUUGGUGACGCCGUGCCAGCCUUCAUCUGCAUCGCCAUCAUGCCCUUCACCUACUCCAUCGCUGACGGUUUGAUCGCGGGCAUCUGCCUGUAUAUCCUGAUCAACUCGCUUGUUUGGAUCAUCGCCAAGGCUUCCGGCGGCAGGAUUGUGCCCCCCAACUUUGAGGAGAAGGAGCCCUGGAGCUGGAGCCAGACUGGUGGUGUCAUCCCUCCCUGGAUGAAGAGGUUGGCGAGCGGCAAGAAGGAUUUUUGGAGAAAGGAGCAUGAGAUUCCCGGCAGCCCUGCUUCCACCGAGGGGGUGACGGAGAAGAUUGAGGGAAAGGAGGCUGGGAGUGAUAAGGGGGUGAAUGAUGUUGUUGGCGAGGGCAAGCCUGAGAAGGUUGCGUAA